AUGGAAGCCAACGCCGACUCCUUCUGGUUUCAACCCCCGCCCGCGCCCCGCCGCCGCCCCCUCCUCAAUCCGGUUGCUCUCAUCCUAACCAUUCCAAUUAUAGCCCUACUCAUACUCUUUUUUGUGAUACCUCCAUUCAUCUCCCACACCAAUCAAAUCCUGAGGCCUAAUUCGGUUAAAAAGAGCUGGGAUUCGCUCAACAUCUUGCUGGUUCUGUUCGCCGUUCUCUGCGGCAUCUUCGCCCGACGCAACGAUGACGAUCGCCGAAUUCCAGCUGCGGCGGCGGCUAGUGUUUCCGAUCAUAGGCCUAGCCAGUCUGUUCCGGAGUGGAUCGAUUUUCCAGACCGGAGAGAGUACAACAGCAUCGGUAAUGGCAACGUCGGCGGCGGCAGGUUGCGGCGGAGCAGCAGCUCUUAUCCUGAUCUGCGGCAGGAGUCGGUUUGGGAGAUUGAAGGUGCUAACAGGAACAGGUUCAUGGAUGAUUUUGAUUUUAAUUUCUACAGGUCUCCUCCGCCUCCUCCUCGUGAAGAAAACUACGAGGAGCUCCGGCAGAAGAGACAGGAGGCUGAGGCGGAGGUGGUUAGGGAAAUUCAUGUGGAUAAAUUUGAAGUUUCCGUGACUCCUCCACCUCCGCCUCCGCCUCCGCCCACUUUGAAGCGGAGGAGAUCGCUCCAUAGUGUGGCACGUGCGAAAAUCGUGGACACGCGCACAUAUGAAGUGGAAGAUAGGAGCCAGCCGGAAGUAAGCGUGCAGAUCAGCCGGAAAAAGAGCGGUACGAAGGAAUUGGCGACGGCGAUAGCUUCGUUGUACAGAGGUCAGAGGAAGAGAAAGAAGAGAACCAAAAGUAGAAAUAUACACGAGAUCGCCGCUGAGAAUUCCUCUCCACAAUCUGCUCCUCCACCUCCGCCACCGCCGCCGCCACCUCCACCUCCAGCAAAGGUUUUGCAAAGUCUGUUCAAAAAGAGCGGAAAAAGCAAGCGCGUACAUUCAAUCGCGACGCCUCCACCGCCGCCGCCGCCUCCGCCGAACUCGAUUUUCAACAAUAUAUUCAAAAGCAAGCGGUUCACACACCCAUCCGCCGCUCCAGUACCUCCGCCCCCGCCCCCGCCGCCGCCUUCGUCGAUUCUCAACACAUUAUUCAAAAGCGGAAGCUUCAGCCGCCGCCACAAAAACGUGAAAACCACCCUGCCGCCGGCACCUCCACCGCCGCCGCCGCCGCGGCCCAGCACUAGAAAGCCUCCGAAACCCAGGAGAUCACAUCAGUACGAGAGCGUGACGAUCGCUCCAGCGUCGCCGUUGAUCCCAGUGGCGCCGCCGCCGCCGCCGUUCAGAAUGACGGGAAUGAGAUUUGAGGUCCGAGGCGACUUCGUGAAAAUCCGCAGCACGCAUAGCUCCCAGUGCAGCUCGCCGGAGCGAGAUGACGUGUCAGUGAAAUCGGAGGGUGGAGAAUCUCCGUUGGUGGGUUGGGCCAGCCCGGAUGUGAAUGCCAAGGCGGACUCCUUCAUUGCCCGAUUACGAGAUGAGUGGAGGCUCGAGAAGAUUAAUUCGGGAGGCUUCAUUGUAGAUAUGGGUGUCCAUUUCAUUUUUGGCUUAAGGAUGCUUGUUGGAUGUGAGGUAACUUCAGUUUCAGCCGUAACAUCUCAUGUUGAUUCAACUCUGCCUGGUCCAGAUCACGUCUCUUCAACGAUUCAACUGGAGAAUGGUAGUUCUGGAGUUUUUGUGAUGGCAAUUUCAUCUAGAUCUCCAAAGAAGGAUGGCAACUACCAAGUGGAGCCUCGCCUUUCUUAUCUUGAAGGCGCUCGAGAUGUUGCUGUUUUGGAUGCAAUGCUUGAGUCCGGGAAGAAGCAAGGGGUGCCUGUUCAAGUAAAUAGGUUUUAG